CUCCUCAUCACCCUCCAAAUCAAGAAAAGAAAAAAAAAAAAAAAAAAAAGAAAUCGAACACCGAAAAAUGGAGUCAUUGCCACCGCCACCGCCGUACAGUGGAGAUCAAACGGUGGAGCAACCGCCGAAAACCGAGAAUUCCGACCAUAACUACUCAAAGCAAAAAGUAGUACUCAACCUUUUCGACGACACAAAUAAUAAUAAACCUCAAAACUCCGGAUCACCGGAGCAGCGUGUGUUUUCUUGCAACUACUGCAACAGAAAAUUCUACAGCUCGCAGGCUCUCGGCGGCCACCAAAAUGCCCACAAACGCGAGAGGACGAUCGCGAAGAGGGGCGGCGGCGCAGCCGCCGCCUUCAUCCACCACGACGCGGCGGCGGGGUACGGCCGCUACCCUGUACACGUGUCGUCCUUCAAUAGGUCUCUUGGGGUUCAGGCUCACUCCAUGAUACAUAAACCAAGUUUUUCAGCGGCCUCAAUGUCAUAUGGGCAUUCCGGAUGGGCGGCAAGAAAGCAGGUGGGUUCGUCGUCGUCUGGCGGCGGGGCAGCUAGGUUCGACGGUGGUCGGAGUUUUUCUCCGGCGGCCGAUGGAGUUGGUGGUUUUAGAUGGGAUAGUGGCAGUUCUCGUUUGAAGACUAGUCAUCAUUAUCAUCAUCAAGAUGAGUUGAAAACGUUGGAUUUAUCUCUUAAACUCUAAUUUUAGUUUCUUAAUUAAUUGUCUUAAAUUAUUUUCUUUUGUUCUUCCUUUGAUUUUGUUCAUAUUAUUUUUAAUAAUUUAUUUCCUACUUGAAAAAAGAUUUCUUAUUAGGAUGAAUAUAUUAGUUCUUUUCAAUAA